GAUCAGAACAGCUUAAGUAGCGCAAACAAAACACUUCUAUUCUAUCUGCCUCUAAAGCCUCUUAUAAUCACUCACUAUAAUGUCGCUUUCACGUCAAUUCUUCCGCGAGCUUCGCCCUCUGUUCCGCAUGCUCGAAGAGCCUUUCGGACGGACGCCAGCAUAUUAUGGCCGCGGUUCGCGGUCUGUCUUCGACGACCCAUUCUUCAGUGCGCCGUCCACGUUCCGGCCACCCGUCGACAUCACAGAGGAGGGUAACAACUUCGUCAUCGAAGCCGAACUUCCAGGAGUAAAGAAGGAAAACGUGGAGGUUCGCAUCGGCGAGGGUGGACGGAACUUGACUAUCGAGGGCAAGGUGUUCAGUCGGGGCGCAAGAAGGGAGCCAAACUUCUCCGAGGCACAGAGCGAGCAACCAUCGGCAGGGGUCAGCUCUGAGGGCACAGAAGGUUCGAAAGCCGUGACGAACACCGACCAGAGUUCGAAUGCCAUCUCGACUGAACGCGAGAUUUCUGGCACGUCGACAUUCCGGCGGACCGUAUGGCUGCCACGGCCAGUUGACGGCACUGGCGUGACUGCCAAGCUCCAGGACGGUAUCCUUACCGUCACUGUACCGAAGGCUGAGGACAAGGCCAGCGUCAAAGUCCCCGUGGAAUGAAGGAUAAUUUAGGUGUCGGGAAGAAGAACUAUCUUCCAUGGUCCGCUUGCUAUUCACGACGCAAAAUGCAAUGUAUUUAUUAUAGCGACACAAGUGUACUACUAUAAGCAUGACUCACCACAAUGUAAUAUAGUACAUUCACUGCUCUUUGAUACUCUUGUGGCCCGCGGCUGCGAUAUCAUAGGCGUAGUUCACAUAUAGCAGUUGCC